AUGGCAGCAUCAACUAUGCAAGCGCUCCGGCAGCACAAGCAGUACGAGCCGCUGGCUCUCGAGGAAAUACCUAUCCCGACCGCUGAGCCUGGGUCGGCGGUCGUGCAAGUCCUGGCUGCAGGAGUCAUCUCGUACACGCGCGACAUCUACGAUGGCACGCGCAAGUAUCCGUACGUAACGCCACUGACGGCCGGGAGUAGCGCCGUUGGCCGCAUUCACGCUGUUGGACCCGACUCGACUGCGCUGCGGCAGGGUCAAUUGGUGAUCUUUGACAUUACUGUUCGGUCGCGCGACAACCCAGCCGACAUAUUCCUCAGCGCUAUCAGUCAGGGUUUCACAGAGGGGAGUCGCAAGCUGAUGGGCCAUUGGACGGACGGGGCGUACGCGGACUACGUCAAGGCGCCCUUGGAGAAUGUUUUCGCUUUGGAUGAGGAUCGCCUUGUGGGCGAGCUGGGAUAUAAGAUUCCCGAGCUGCUGAGUAUUUCUCGCAUGCUGGUGCCGUGGGGUGGCCUUUUCGACAUUGACCUAAGGCCCGGUGAGACGGUCGUUGUGGCACCUGCAACAGGUGGAUUUGGUGGUGCGGCGGUUCUCGUAGCGCUCGCGAUGGGCGCAAGGGUCAUUGCCAUGGGCAGGAACACGGAGACACUGGCCAGACUGCAGCAGACGCUGGCCAAGGUCUAUCCUCCGGACCGCCUCCUGACGGUUCCGAUCGUGGGCGACAUAGAUAAGGAAAUGGCAGCACUGAAGAAAGCGGCGGGUACCCGGCCCAUCGACGCCUUUUUCGACAUCAGUCCCCCGGCAGGAGCCAAGUCAUCGCACUUCAAAGCCGCCAUUCUGUCAUUGAGGCAUUCUGGGCGGGUCAGCUUGAUGGGCGGGCAGCAGGAGGACGUCGCCUUCCCGUACCACCGUGUCAUGCAUAGAAAUCUGCAGAUGAAGGGAAAAUGGAUGUACGAACCAAGCGAUGUACCCAGAUUCAUUCGCUUGGUAGAGGCGGGAAACUGUGUGCUUGGGGAGCGCGCUGGACUGCCUCCUCCCAAGGAGUUUGCACUGGCGCAGUGGAAAGAGGCAUUUGACCACGCGUCGGAGCAAGCAGGAGCGUCUAGUGCUAUCCUGGUGCCUAACAAGAGUUCGAAGUGA